GCCCAGUUCCAGUGCCCGUGUAUUCUGGUUCUGUCUCUGGAAGCUCCUGUGGCAGCUCUCCAUCUUGUCGUUUUGCUUCUCCACCAAGUCUCUUCAAAAAGUGAUAAGGAGAGAUUGUGUCAAGUGCAUGUCACACACAUGAAAAUAACUGAUAUCAGUGACUGAUACCAUGGCACAGUGACAUUCAGAGGAGCAGCAGCAGUGAACCAGUCCCUUCCAGAUAUGCAGCAUAUUCAGGAAGAAAACUUAUCUUCCCCACCAUUGGGUCCUCCCAACUAUCUACAAGUUUCCAAAGAUUCUGCCAGUACUAGUAGCAAGAAUUCUUCUUGUGACACGGAUGACUUUGUUUUGGUGCCACACAACAUCUCGUCAGACCACUCAUAUGAUAUGCCAAUGGGGACUGCUGGCAGGCGUGCUUCAAAUGAGUUCUUGGUGUGUGGAGGGCAGUAUCAGCCUACUGUGUCACCUCACAGUGAAACAGCACCAAUUCCAGUACCUACUCAAAUAAGGAAUUAUCAGCGCAUAGAGCAGAAUCUUACAUCUACUGCCAGCUCAGGCACAAAUGUACAUGGUUCUCCAAGAUCUGCAGUGGUGCGAAGGUCCAACACCAGCCCCAUGGGCUUCCUCCGGCUGGGAUCAUGCUCCCCGGUGCCAGCAGACACAGCACAGACAGUUGGACGGAGGCUCUCCACUGGGUCUUCUAGGCCUUACUCACCUUCCCCUUUGGUUGGCACCAUUCCUGAGCAAUUCAGUCAGUGCUCCUGUGGGCAUCCUCAGGGCCAUGACUCCAGGAGUAGAAACUCCUCAGGUUCUCCAGUGCCACAAGCUCAGUCACCACAGUCCCUCUUAUUGGGUGCUAGACUGCAGAGCACCCCCACCCUCACUGACAUCUAUCAGAACAAGCAGAAGCUCAGAAAACAGCACUCUGACCCCGUGUGCCCAACCCAUGCUGGGGCUGGGUACAGCUACUCACCUCAGCCUAGCCGGCCUGGCAGCCUUGGAACUUCUCCCACCAAGCACUUGGGGUCCUCUCCACGGAGUUCUGACUGGUUCUUUAAAACUCCUUUGCCAACAAUCAUUGGCUCUCCUACUAAGACCACAGCUCCUUUCAAAAUCCCUAAAACGCAAGCAUCUUCCAACCUGUUAGCCUUGGUUACUCAUCAUGGGCCUGCUGAAGAACAAUCCAAAGAUGGGAAUGAGCCACGGGAAUGUGCCCAUUGCCUCUUAGUGCAAGGAAGUGAGAGGCAGCGGGCUGAGCAGCAGAGCAAGGCAGUGUUUGGCAGAUCUGUCAGUACUGGGAGGUUAUCAGAUCAACAAGGAAAGACUCCUAUAGGUGGACAUCAGGGCAGCACAGACAGUUUAAAUACAGAACGACCAAUGGAUAUAGCUCCAGCAGGAGCCUGUGGUAUUGUUCUGGCACCUCCUGCAGGUAUAGCAGCAAGUUCCAGGGCUGUCCUCUUCACUGUAGGGUCUCCUCCACACAGUGCAGUGGCCCCCACUUGUACCCACAUGCUCCUUCGAACAAGAACAACCUCAGUGGGGCCCAGCAACUCGGGGGGCUCUCUGUGUGCCAUGAGUGGCCGCGUGUGUGUGGGGUCCCCGCCUGGCCCAGGCUUCGGCUCUUCCCCUCCAGGAGCAGAGGCAGCUCCCAGCCUGAGAUACGUGCCUUACGGUGCUUCACCCCCCAGCCUGGAGGGGCUCAUCACCUUUGAAGCCCCUGAACUGCCGGAGGAGACGCUGAUGGAGCGGGAACACACGGACACCUUACGCCAUCUGAAUGUGAUGCUGAUGUUCACCGAAUGUGUGCUGGACCUGACAGCCGUGAGGGGAGGAAACCCUGAGCUAUGCACAUCUGCUGUGUCCUUGUACCAGAUCCAGGAGAGUGUGGUGGUGGACCAAAUCAGUCAGCUGAGCAAAGACUGGGGGCGGGUGGAGCAGCUGGUGUUGUACAUGAAAGCAGCACAGCUGCUUGCGGCUUCUCUGCAUCUUGCCAAAGCCCAGAUCAAGUCCGGGAAACUGAGCCCAUCCACAGCGGUGAAACAAGUUGUCAAAAAUCUGAACGAACGAUAUAAAUUCUGCAUCACCAUGUGCAAGAAACUUACAGAAAAGCUGAAUAGAUUCUUCUCUGACAAACAGAGGUUUAUUGAUGAAAUCAACAGUGUGACUGCAGAGAAACUCAUCUAUAAUUGUGCUGUGGAAAUGGUUCAGUCUGCAGCCCUUGAUGAGAUGUUUCAGCAGACCGAAGAUAUUGUUUAUCGCUAUCACAAGGCAGCCCUUCUUUUGGAAGGCCUAACUAAGAUUCUACAGGACCCUGCAGAUAUUGAAAAUGUACAUAAAUAUAAAUGUAGUAUUGAAAGAAGACUGUCGGCGCUCUGCCAUAGCACCGCAACCGUGUGAGCAGCAGGCUCAUCCCAUGGACCGGUGGUGGGAACCUGAGGUGAUGCCUUUGGGAUUACAGCUUGAGUUCUGUCACCCCAUCCCCAGGAAACUGUAGCUUCUUACCUGGUGACUACCAAAGAACAAGCAGUGAUUUCAAAAAGGAAAAACAAUCCAAAAACUACAUAUUUGUAGGAAAUCUGCCUUAUUGGAGAAAGUCACCCUUUCCCUUUUUCUUUGUAGAAGCAGGAGCAAGAAUGUUUGGCUCCCAGUUUGGACUUGGUGAAUAAAUGUACCUUAGAACUAGGAUAACCGGUACAGUUAUUCUUAAAGGUAAUUAAAAAUGUAACAAAGUGAGUGCUCAUCACUAAGUUCAUCAGAGCAGUGUGUGAAAUUCCAUGUGUUUGCUGAGGUGUAAAGGUAAAAGUAUUCACCCCUCAUCCAGGCAGUUUGAUAUUUGGAGUAAGUUUGUUUAAAUCUGAGCAUGUAUCUUUAAACAGCUCAGGAAGAAAUAGCUUAAGAAGUGAAACAUGGAUCUUGGAAGAAAUUUUGAAAUCUUCAAUUUGAUCCUAAUAUGGACACAUGUUAAUCUUCCAAAAUCUUUCAUAUUGCACUAAUUUAUUAAAACAACUGUGUAUUGGAUUUUGUAACUUAACUGAGGCACAAUGGAGUUGUUUAAAAUAUUUUACUUGAUUGUAUACAUAUACCCUUCCCAGAAUUCACAUGUAAUCUCCGGUGAACUUUUAAGUGGUUAAAACGUAUUCAUGUGAACCUUUGCAAUUUUUUUUUCUUCAUCUACACCUACAGAUUUUCUCAGUAAUGUUUUUGUUAGCUUUUGGUUCCAUUUUUUAUUGUGCAUGCAGAAUGUACAUUGAUGCCUGUGACCUUAGGUUUACUAAAGGCUAGGUUUAUUUGGGCAGUAUUAGGAAAAAAAAUCAUGGAUCAAGAGAUACUCUUGAGGAUUUGAAUAGGGCCAAAACAAAGUUGGUGACCUAAAGGCUUGUUAGUGAUGUGGAGUUCCUACAUGAAGUGAGUGGAAAAUGAAGUUCGUUUUCUCUUAGGAAAAUGGGCAGCUCUCUUCUGCCUAAUGUGUAUUUUUCAUGUUAAUCCUGACAGUUCACCAAAUAGCUAGUCACGGAGAAUGCAGGCAGUUAACUUAAUAUCCCUCCAGGAAUGGUUCCUACGUUGUAUAUUAUUUGAUUUCUUUUACUUACCUGCUUGAAUACUUGAAUAAACCAUUCACCAAUUUUAAUCCUUUUAUUUUAAUCCUUUUACUUAAAAUAAUCUGAACUCUUUGACAAAUUGCACAGAGCUCUUUGGCAUUAAUCUAAUUUUAAUGUACUGAUAAAAACAAACAUGGUUUUCCUUUACUUUGACAAAGUAAUGUAAUUUUUACCUUAUUUAUCUGUAUGAAAUUCCAGUAGUUAAUUUGAACAUUUAUUUAUAUGACGUUUGUAUUUUUAGGUCUUUAAUACAGUGUUUCUACCUCUCAUUUGUAACUGCAUGCAUUAUUCUUGAAACUAGGUAAAACUCACUGAAUUGUUGUGUAAUAGCCUUUUUAUUAUUGCCUGUACAAAUGUAUAUUAAGGUAAAAUAAAACUGACAAAAUGUUUCUAGGGUGUAGCUGGGUACAUAUUAAGUGACUUGUUGAGCCAGGUACUUCCUUAGUGAGUUUAGAGACUUGGCCAUGAAUAUCCUUUGUCCUGCCCCAACAUUUAGUUCUCAGCUGCUGUCAUGCAGGCUUCCAGGAACAUAGACUGUUUUACCUCCCCAACCCUAUUUGUUAUUAGUGAUACUUUAUUGUGUAUAAUAUUUUUUAUUCACAGUGAAAUUUCAUUCAUGUUCUUUCAGUUAUCACCUGUGUUAUCUCAGUUGUAGGUUUAUUCUAUCCUCUCCUCUUCCUCUCCCAUUUCUUUUUUAAUACAGGAUGAAACAGGUUCAGAGAGGGGACGUGAUUGGCCUAAAGUCAGGAACUAGGCAAGCCGUCAAGCCAUGCUUUGUGACUUUCAAGUUAAUUCUUCUUGUUCUUGUAUAAUAAAGUUCUUGGGGUAGAUGGUGUGUGUGAAACAGUGAAGUCUCAACAGCAGAAAAGAACAAACUGUAAAUUCAUGAAUAAUGGUUCUGGUUAUACUUCCAUUAUCAAGGCUAAUUGUUUUAAGAAAUAUUGCCUUGAGUAUAGCAAUAAUAAACAAAUGCUUUAUGUUUCCCUGA